CGCUUUGGAGAUGGGGAGAGGGACACUUACCAAAUCGACUACCGAAGGAUUGUAGGGGACAUGGAACCAGCACGGCCUCGAAUCUUGAACCGAGAUGGGGAACAACCUCAUCCAUAUGGGGCCUAUGCCCACCCAACACUACAUGGACAUGGGCAUGAGACCGCAGCCCAGCGAUACAGCGCUACACGCAUCCAAGCUGGAUAUGAACCAGAAAGCAUGGCAGACUAUUUGAUCAGUGGUGGCACAGGUUAUGUUCCUGAAGAUGGACUGACAGCACAACAACUCUUCUCUAUCGGCGAUGGACUUACAUACAAUGACUUCUUGAUCCUCCCUGGUUUCAUAGAUUUCACUUCUGAUGAGGUGGAUCUAACAUCAGCAUUGACAAGGAAGAUAACCCUGAAGACACCUCUCAUUUCAUCUCCCAUGGAUACAGUCACAGAGUCAUCUAUGGCCAUCGCCAUGGCAUUGAUGGGUGGGAUUGGAAUAAUUCAUCAUAACUGUACUGCUGAGUUCCAGGCCAACGAGGUGCGCAAAGUCAAGAAAUUUGAGCAAGGCUUUAUUACAGACCCAGUGGUGAUGAGUCCCCGACACACAGUAGGGGACGUGUUUGAGGCAAAGACGCGCCAUGGUUUCUCUGGGAUCCCUGUUACAGAGACUGGCAAAAUGGGCAGCAAGCUGGUGGGCAUUGUCACCUCCAGAGACAUAGACUUCCUGUCUGAGAAGGACCAUGACAGACCCCUGGAGGAGGCAAUGACGAAAAGGGAAGAUUUGGUUGUUGCGCCGGCUGGAGUCACACUUAAAGAGGCUAAUGAUAUACUGCAACGUAGCAAGAAAGGUAAGCUCCCCAUAGUGAAUGACAGCGAUGAGCUGGUUGCCAUCAUUGCUCGGACUGAUUUGAAGAAGAACAGAGAUUAUCCUCUGGCUUCCAAGGACUCCCGCAAACAACUGCUGUGUGGAGCUGCUAUUGGUACGAGGGAGGACGACAAGUACAGACUGGACCUUCUCAUGCAGGCUGGGGUGGAUGUGGUAGUGCUGGAUUCCUCCCAAGGAAACUCAGUAUAUCAAAUCAACAUGAUAAACUACAUCAAACAGAAAUAUCCUGAACUUCAGGUAGUUGGAGGCAAUGUGGUGACAGCUGCUCAGGCCAAAAACCUCAUAGACGCUGGUGUGGAUGCCCUGAGGGUGGGCAUGGGGUGUGGCUCUAUCUGUAUCACCCAGGAAGUGAUGGCAUGUGGACGGCCCCAAGGUACGUCAGUGUACAAGGUUGCAGAGUAUGCCAGACGUUUUGGAGUACCAGUAAUUGCUGAUGGAGGCAUUCAGACUGUUGGACAUGUGGUGAAAGCUUUGGCCCUGGGAGCCUCUACAGUGAUGAUGGGGUCACUGCUUGCAGCAACCACUGAAGCUCCAGGGGAGUAUUUCUUUUCAGAUGGUGUCCGUCUGAAAAAGUACAGAGGUAUGGGCUCCUUGGAUGCCAUGGAGAAAAAUAACAGUCAGAAACGCUACUUCAGCGAGGGAGAUAAGGUGAAGGUGGCUCAAGGUGUCUCAGGAUCAGUACAAGAUAAAGGCUCCAUCCACAAGUUUGUUCCUUAUCUCAUUGCUGGUAUCCAACACGGCUGUCAGGACAUAGGAGCAAAGAGUUUAUCCAUUUUGCGGUCAAUGAUGUACACCGGAGAGCUGAAGUUUGAGAAGAGAACCAUGUCUGCUCAGAUGGAGGGAGGAGUCCACGGCCUCCACUCUUACGAGAAGCGGCUUUACUGA